GAAGAGGGCAAAUUCAGAUACGCCGCGUACGCCAAUAGAUUGCGCACAAUUCUUUUGGCCUCCCACCGGUACGUGGCGUACACCUCGGAUAUCGGCGAGAGCUUCCGGCCCGUGGCACACCCGGUGCUUGUGACUUUGGGCUACGGCGUGUCGUGGGCAUAUCUCCUCGGCGACCUGUCAUAUGCAGCCUGGAAAGUCAAGAUGAAGACAGAAGGCCGGUACACUCCAGGCUUAAAACCAUGGGACCCGGUGUCUGUGGCGGACCCUGCGGCAGCAGCAGCAUACAAGAAAGAAACCAGCGACAAUAUGGCCGAGUCCGACUGGCGCGUGAUGUUCGUGAAGCGAUGCAUCUUCCAGGGCUUGGCUUCCAUGGUCCUCCCAGCGUUUACCAUCCAUUCUGCUGUCCGCUACCUGUCGUUUCUUUUUCAGAAAAGCCAUGUCAGACUGCUUCGUACAUACGGACCCGUGGCCAUAGGCUUGGGAAUUGUGCCCUUGUUGCCGUAUGCGUUUGACGAACCUGUGGAGCAUGCCGUGGACUGGGUGUUUGAGAGGGGCGAGCUGCUAUACAGGGAGAAA